GAAAAAGUGAUAAGCAGCUUCUGGGUUUUGCUUUCAAGCGGACUCCUGCUGAACUGGUGCGAGUGUGUGUGUGUGUGUGUGUGGUGUGUUCACUCUUUUUCCUGCCACAGUAGCAACACAUUGCAGCAGCGUCGGCCCCCGAACAAAAGGCUAAUGCAGCAGAGCCACAGGAGGGGAACUCAGAGAUAGAAGCAGGCACAGUAGCCCAGCGUGAGCGCACUUCUCAGGGAGCAGCUCAAUCUGCCAUUUAGCCCUCCUGGCCCCGGAGUGGAGACAGGAGGGUACACUAGGCUGGCCCAGGCUGCCUGCCAGUGUCUCUGUCAGAGCUGAGGAACACACCCCUGUUGUGUAUUUCACUUUGUCUACUAUUUAUACACCUGAGUCUCUGUCAUUCUCUGCUGAAAUUUCUGCACCUGCCCUGGGCGUCUUUCCUCUUCAUCUACCUGCUCUCCAAGAUGUCAGAUGAUGACUGCCGCUCACCUAUCGGCCUGGACUGUUGCAGUUGCUGUUUGGACCUGGCCAAUGGCUGUGACGAGUCCAUAUCCAGCAGUCCAGCUCAGGGCCUCGGUACUACAGGAGGCCCUCCAGCGAGCCCCACAAGCCCCACUGUAAAUCACUUCCGCCAGCUCCGCAACCAGCUGAUGUACCAGAACCUGAACACGGACAAACUGAACAACAUCAUGAGACAGGACUCCCUGGAGUCAGUUGUGAGAGACCCCUGUUUCCUGCUCAAUGAGGGGAUCUGCAACAGCAACAUCGACCAGACCAUGCUGUCUAUAUUGCUCUUCUUUCACAGUGCCUCUGGUGCUAGCGUUGUGGCCAUUGACAACAAAAUUGAACAGGCCAUGGAUCUUGUCAAGAACCACCUGAUGUAUGCAGUGCGUGAGGAGGUGGAGAUCCUCAAGGAACAGAUCAAAGAGCUGGCUGAGAAGAACAACCAGCUGGAGAGAGAGAACUACCUGCUGAAGAACCUGGCCAGUCCAGAGCAACUGGAGAAGUUCCAGUCUCGCAUCCCGACAGAUGUGCUGUUACCCCUGGACAAUCAGAACAUCCAGGUGACGCCAGAACACCAGCAGCAACAGCAGCAGACCUGCAACCACAGCACUGGUUCUGCUGUAUAAGUGGCUCUGCCUUGGGGCGGGCAGAGCCACUGUCUCUCUCCGAUUAUGGACCUCCAUUUGAAUGCAAGCGUAACUAAAUCGCUGCUACAGAGAACCCUUCAAACCAAUGAAGGUGAAGCAUCUUGGCUUUAAAUGACCGAUGGGACAGAAAUGAACUGUUGACACUGAUAAGCACAGACCAGAACUGAAGAUGCUCGGACUGGUGCCAUGUCAGGCCCAUCCUUUGAUACCAUCCAGCUUUUUGUCGUGUUCCCUCUAAUGUAGACAAAAGUGUUAAGAAUAGCAAGAUAGUGCUGACUAGACACGGUGGAGCACUUGCUUCUGACAGAGGGCGGCUUUCCCUGCCUAGCCUAUCCCUUCCGACAGACACCCUUUGCUCAAGAGAGGAGGGGGUGAGAAGGUGUUGAUCGGGCUGGCCCUUCAGGUGCUAACUUGGAAAGUGUGGAGAGUUAGCUCUGUCAUUUCCCAGAGGAGACCCAUCUGAGACCGUCCUCCGAGUCUCAGUGAGAAGAGCCCCAUUGUGUGGAUUUGUUGCCUCAAAAUGCAACUUUCAAAGACUUGCGACAGUACAUUUCAGCCACAUAACAAGGACUUUACCUGUACUGACAAUGUAUUGCUGACAUGUUUGUGUACAUUUAAGCAUAACAUCAAUAAUCAACUGAAUAAGCUGGGCAGCAGAGGUGGAGGCCAGUACAGUUUAACAUUUUUAGAGCUGGUGAACCGAUCAGUAUACUGUAGUGAUUCAUAAAAUGUAAUUUUGUAUUGCCUGCUGUUGGGGCUUGCUGCUUAUGGGGGAAAUUAAUCCUGCUAUAUCUUCUUUUUCUUUUUUUCUUUUUGAACAAAAUCAGUUGUUUGUAAAGUAGGAAUAUCACGUUUUUUUUUUUUUUUUUGUUUUUUUUUUGGUAAUGUAAUGGUGCAUAUCUGAUAUGUUGUUUGCCUAACUCUUUGCAGAAUAACUACAAUGUACAUACAAUUGAAAAGUCCUGAGAUUAACAUAGUGUAGCUCAUUUGCAAGCAGGCACCUGCAUUUCUGGCUGCAAGAUGCACUCCUGACUGUAGCAGCGGCGUCCAGCAUCUGAUCUGUUUUUCCCACUCAGAUGCCAACUUGAAAACAAUGGCAUGACAACAGUGCCUGUAAGAAAGAGAGGAACCCAUUUUGACACUGUCCUCAGUUGCUGCUACUGCUGUUGUUGUUGUUUCUAGCUACCAAAGACUUGUAUGUUUUCACACAACAGCAGAAGCUGAGCAAACCAGGACCAUGUGCAAACGUUCACAGGGAGAAGUCUUCGUCAUAGCUAGUGCUGACGUUUGUGUGUUUUGUAAGAGAUUGACUGUAUUGUUGCUGUAAUGUAUCCUCAAAAACCGUUCACUAGAUGUUUUGGAUACGACUGCACAUUUGCAAUAAACCUCGUUUACAUUUACAAUAA